AUCCCUAUAACGGUUAUAUUGUUAUUAUUAGAGAAAUUAGUUUAAGACACUUUAACAAAAAUGGCAAUUUAUAUUUGGUAAACAUUAUGAAGUAUGGCUUCGUUAAAAGUUGAGGAUAAAGAUGUUAUGAUAUUGAGAGCUGGAUACAUUUAUCGUCAAAGGACAUUUUUCAAGAAAUGGAAACGUACUUGGUUGGUAGUGUGUUUAGGUGGUUCAGUUCGGUAUUACAGAAACAGAAACGCAUCACGUCCACAGAAAUCCUUUGACGUUAAAAAUGAUUGUAUCGCAAUAAAAGCCGGGAAACAGUGCAAAACAAUGCUCCCUCCUAAGGACAUAGACACAGGGUGCUUAAUGGAAAUAGUCAUGACUGGUGAUAGGACACUUAAAUUGUGCGCAGCUGAUCCUGACCAAUCAAGAAUGUGGCAUCAUGCAUUUAAAAGAGCCCAGUCUGACAAGCAGCUACCUACGCCUAGACACGAAAGAAGAAAUCUAAGACCAGAGGAAAUCGAGGAGUUAGAGGAAAAAAGUUGCUGGUACUGUUGCUGUAGAAAGAAUAAAAUAGAAAUGCUAAGGAAUAUCACAUCAAGAUAGAACACAAAUCGAGUGGGAAAUAUUUGUAUCAGAACAAUUAGUGGAGAAAUAGUUAUAGAUUAAGAAAAAAUGAUAGUUGCAUAUCAGUUGCAUACAUAUUAUUUUUAAAAUUGAUCUAUACAUGAACAUAUAAGCAUUUCAAACUUUAGCAUUUUGAGGUUCCCUGUUGGGUUUUUCGUUGCAUCUUUUCCUUCAUAUUACUUGUACUAUUUUUCAAUUAAAUUUAUAUUCUAGAACCAAAAAUAACAAAGUAAAUAUAGUUGAGUUAUAGUUAAACAUAACGAGUAUUUUGUUUCAGAUAACCACACAGUAUUACUGGCCUCUAACUUAUAAAUGUGUACUUGUCAUAACUUUUGUUCACAAUAUCCGUGUUAAACAAUAGGACAUGGACAACAAAGUUAAUUCGUAUGUACUAUUCGAGUAUAACAAAUUGUAAUGGUGAUUUAAAUAAUAUUUUCAUCUG